AUGAAGCCUACAUUAUUCCUCCUCACAGCCCUCGGGGCUCUGGCAUCCGCCGCCCCAGUCCUCCCCUCAAGCAACCCCCCUCCUCCCCUUCCCACAGCCUUCUACCCCGACCCUGCCUCCAACUCUGGCUCCGGCCAAAUGGUCGACAACACACUCCCCGACAGCGACCUCCCCGGCGGCGGCAUCGCCCAAACACCCGCCAAACGCGCCCUUGCCAACGCGGUCCCUGAUAAAUACGACUCGUCUACGUACUACGACGCAGCCGCCGAGAAAGAAGCAGAGGAGCUGGCUCUUGUGCUAGAUGCUGCGAGUGAGAAUGCGGCGGAAGACGAGAGUGCCGACCCCAACCUCAACGUGAAGAGGGGAAAUGGAAUGCAAAGCAACAGUGUGGAGGGUUGUAAGAAGAGGGCUGAGCCGGCGGGGUGUGUGAAGUGUCAGGAGGAGUGGGAUAUGUACGUUUGA